AUGGCCUACCAGACCGCCCUGUCCAAAUACCUCGCCCUCUGCGAAAAAUACGCCGCCCUCAUGCUCCCCGGCUUCUUCAACUUCCCUUCCGCCGGAGAAGAUAUACCCGAAGAUCUCGUCAUGGAUUUCGGAGAAUUCGUGGAAAAGUACGAUUUACAAGCUGCGGUGCCGAAACUCUGGGAUAGCACGGUUAUGGGCGUGGGCGAUUUUCUGAAAGUGCCUACGCUGUACGUGAUGCAAGCAUCCGGCCUCGUGAUGGCGCGGGCGAUGCUCGGCCAGAGUCGCGCUAUGGUGCCGAGCAGUGGGAAUCUGCAUGAGCUGUAUGAGCGCGUGGCUGAGCUUUUAGGGGAUGAUGUGCUGUACAACAGCAUCGUCGUAGGGUGUUCUAGGAACGAGAGCGGUGUAAGCGUGCGAGUGAAGCACAGGGACGGGAACGAGACGGAGAUAGUGGCGAAAAGGUUAUUGGUGGCAUUUGAGCCCAGCCCGGUUGCGAUGGCGGUUUUUGACCUGGAUGAGGAGGAGGGAGAGGUCCUGGGGAAGUUGAGCUUUUCGAGUGUGUAUGCUGGUCUGGUUCAACACCCGAGCUUGAAGGGAUUUAAUUCUUGGACGAAUACGCUGCCGGGUGCUCCCGGGUCGAAUUAUUCUGCGUAUCCACUUCCAGCGCAGGUUGGGAAGAUCGGUCAUCAGCCUGGAGGUGGUGAGGAUCUCUUUGCGUUCACGGCAAUCGGGACGCAGGAAGAUAAUGAUGAGAGCAUGCAGGCUCUCAUUUCGGGGUCGAUUGAGAAUAUGGUAAAAGCUGGGACGGUCAAUGGUUCGAAUGGGACUACAGCGUUUCCUUAUUUUGCGAAUCAUGGGCUGAUGCAUUCAAGAGUCUCAAGAGAGGAAUUGAGGAAAGGGUUCAUUGCAAGACAGAACGCGCUGCAGGGGAGGAGAGCGACGUGGUAUACCGGGGCUGCGUUUAGUGCAGGGUUCUCGACGAUACUGUGGGCGUAUAAUGAGGUUCUGCUACCAAGGGUGAUUGAAGGGCUGUAG